AUGCCAGCUCAAAAAGUUACCAGGUUUGAGGAUAUUGAAGUUGAAAAAGAAAAUAUAGCUCCUUUACGCCAUGGAAGAUCAGCUCAUCGGCUUGUGUCUGCAUUGAGCCAGAACGAUGAUGAGAUCAAGAGAAUACGGGCAAGCUUUGAAUCAUCAUUGUUGGUUAAAAUUGAGGAUCAUGACGAUCCUUUGGUCCUUUAUCUAGACUAUAUUGAUUGGAUUAAUCAUGCUUUUCCUCAAGGGGGUUCCUCAAGAUCAAGUGGAAUGCUGGACGUUAUUGAACGGUGCAUAACAUACUUCAAGGAUAGCGAAAGAUAUAGAGAUGACGAAAGGUACGUGAAGAUAUGGCUGUGGUAUAUGGAGCUCUUUUCUGAUAAGUAUAAAUCUGAUUGUAAGGAUCUGUUUAUAUUCAUGCUUCGCAACAGAAUAGGGAGUAAAGUGCCAUUAAUGUAUGAAGAGCUGAGUUCACUUUUAUAUGAAUUGAAAGAAUACAAAUAUGCUAUAUCUGUUAUUAAUCUCGGAUUAAAAGAAUGUAAAUAUGGGAAUAAAUCAUUAGUUGAUAAGAGGCAAUUGUUGCUCGAGAAACUUGGAGAUGAUGCUAAAGUUAUCGAUGAUUCAGUAGAAAUGCUAGAUGGAGCUGAGCGAGUUAUAUUAGGUAAGAAGCAGUCAGAACUUAGAGAAAAGGCUAAAUCUAAUAAAACUUCAGAUAGAGAAACUAAAAUGAGUAGUUCGAUUUACACAGAUAGUCAAGAUCCUGAAGUUCACGACGAGCCGUUGUCAUGUUUACGAAAUUGGGAUAUAUUUGAGAUCUUACAUAGUAGAAACAAAGAGAACCGAAUAUUGGCAGAACCUCUAAUAUUAAAUGAACUAGAUAGGACUUUUAGUGGUGAUCAAUUGAAAGGAGGGAAGAAGAUGAUACUAUUUCAAGAUAAUUUAGGGCGAUCGGAACCUGUGUAUAAGCUAAUUAAGAAUAACAGUGGAAAAUUAGAAAAAAUUGAUUACAAUACAAAUUUACUCAUAUAUGAAGGGAGGGAAAUAUGUUUGGAAGAGAUAUUGACUAUGAUGAAGAGUAACACUCAAAAUAACAAAAGGCGGAGGGAAUAUGAUGAUUCAAAGAAUUUGCAUAUAAAAAAGCAGCGGUAA